GGCUUCAGAUGUCUAGUGUUAUCACUGAAUGUCUGUAUUCAACAAAAGCGUGAUUUUUGUCUCAAUUAUUGUUAUAAUUGUUUACAUUAUGUGAUGACAUGAGUUGAUCCACUCUUUAGUAAUGUUUUUAUCUUUUAAUUGUUGAUAAUUUGAUUGAAACAUUGAAAUGCCUGACAAUGAAAUCAAUGACAAUAUCAACAAAAGACCCAAAAGAAGAGCCUCUCAACGGACAUACAUCGCCUACGAAAACGCCAGUAUCUGGUCUUCGGAAGACAAAGAUCUCAAGAAAGCACUUUUGGCGUCACUUCAAGACGUGAAGAAGAACACAUCCAAUGCAAAGAAAUCUUUUAAUAAAAAGACUUCUGUUAUCAAUAGUUCUUAUAAUAAUUGUCAACAAAAUAGCACUAAAGAUAACGACUCAUCAAUAGUUGCGGAUAACAAUUGCGGUCUUUUGUCUAAUGACAACAACAAUGACAACAAUGCAGUCAAUCGUAAGGCAAAGGUUUCCGCACAACGAAAGUUCGCACAAAGUUCAGGCUAUACGACCACCAGUCCUGUGGUCACACCCGUCAAAACGGCAUUUGUGACCAAUAAUAAUGUGAUUGAAUUGUUACCAAACCAGAAGCCAAACACUGAAGACUUUUUAACAUUUUUAUGUCUUCGUCGAUCAUCAAUACUACCGGAAAAUCUGGACUUUUUUCGGUUCAAUGGCUCUCAAACGGAAAAUAACGAAAAGAAAUUUAUUUUACAUUCAUCUGAUGAAGAAACUGAAGACAAUGAUAAAUCGGUUCAAAACAUCAAUUGUCGUAUCAAACCAUGUCUUGAUAGAAGAGAAAGUACUUCUAGUAAUGUAAGCAAAACUAACUCUUUUAGCAGCAAAGCAAGUGUUCAGGUCUUCAAUACUAAAAAGUCGGAACAAAAAACAUCAAAUAAAAGUCAGACACUAAACAAUAAUAAGAAUAAUAAUAAAUGUGUUGUUAUUGACAAUUCAAAUCAAAAUAAUUGUAAAAAGAUUUCAAAUAAGAUAAACAAAAGCAAUGCUAAAUCUAUUUUGUCUUUGAAAGAGAAAUAUAAACAACAAAGGAUUGAAAAGAAUUCAUUAAAUCCGUCCAAAACUGUUAAUGCAAUUAUUGUAAAAAGUGAUGUGAAAAACAUUAAAGACAAUAAAAUUAAAGAAAAUAGAUUAGAGACUGAAAGGAUACAAACGAGACAAAUGAGAAACAAUUUAUGCAAACAAGUAUCAGAUGAAAUACUGGACACAAAAAUGGUGAUCAAGAAAGACAUGUUUAAAGAAGUGAACUCUAGUUCAUCGGGACGUGUCUUACGUUCGCACCAUUCCUCACAUUCUCCACAUGUAUUGAAUCGUUUGUUAUCAAAAGUGUCCAAUAAUUUAAUGAUUCGGAAACAGCAGAACAUUAAAACAAAGAAAUGUUUAAAUUCUAGUCAAAGAGCAAUCAAUCUUAAGAAAAGAAAAGCCAGACCUGUUGUUCCUCUCAUUGAUUACUAUUUUGACAGUGAAUUUGAAAGCGAUUCCGAUAAGAAAGAUAAUAAAAGCAACAGAAAGGGUAAACUAUUAAAUAGUACUCAAAAUAAAACUCUUUCUAAAUAUAAUCUGAAAAAUAAUUCAAAUAAAACAAAACUAAAGUUUAAUGCAAAACACGUGUCUUACAAUCAAAAAGACACACAAAAUGCACUGAAAUUGUCGAAAAGUUUGGUAAAAAGUGGCCAAAAUAGUAAAACUAGUCUUAAAACAGAUACUCGACGACAAACAAGAAGUUUUCGUUCAAUUUCACCAAUAAAAGACAAACAACUCGAAAGAGAAAUGCAAAUAAAGAAACAAAUUAUUGAAAUCGAGAAAAAACACAAACGUUUGCGUCGAUGUCCUUCUGAUGAAAGUCUUCAUUCUUCUACAUCAACGAGUAGUUCGUCUUCAGAAUCAUUGCCAAACUCGUUCUCGUCUUCGUCUAGUAUUAACAAAACACGUUUAACGCGUUCUUUAGAACACUUAAAGAAGAUUCGAGACAUUGCAGCCAAACUCAAAAGAGAUAAUAAUAAUAAACAAAAUAAAAACAAAAACAACUCUAAAACAGAUAACUCGAAGAAUACUAAACCCAAAACAAAUGGCAAACAAAAUGUUAAUAAAAGUAAACAAGAAAUUCAAAAAACUAAAAGAAAUGGAAAUUGUGACAAAAACUCAAAAUAUGUGUCAAUUAUUAAUAAUAAUAAUAAAUCUUUAAAACCAGUGAAGAAAUUGACGAAAAGGGUUAUUAAUAAUAAAAACAAACGACGAAAAAGUGAAAGAAGUGAUACAACAGAUUGUGAUACUGAGGGCAAUGAUCUAAUGAGCGAAAUGAAUACUGAAGACUCAAUGGCCUCUAUUUAUGACGAAGAUAUGGAAAGAGCUUCUAUUGUUAUACAAGACAUGGCCGACGAUAUGAAUACCCAUUUAGUUGACACAUCAGAACCUGAUCUCCAAUACGGCAGUACUGAACACAUACAGGGAUUGAUGACCUGUGAGUUUUCGGGUGCCUUUUCAGAUGAAACGGUCACUACUGCCAGUGCCAUACUUUUACCACAAGAUUUUCAACAUUCACAAUAUAAUUAUAACCAAACAGAUGACACUCAUAUUAGAUCCACAGUCGACGCCUCUACCAAUACUACUGAAGAUGACAUUUUUAAAUCUGAUUCCGAAUACGAAUCAGAAGACGAUAUUCAGACUUCAUUGAUAUAUGAAUCCAAUUGUCAAACACUAUCUGUUGGCACACAAACUAUAGUCAAUACUAGCGUACAGACCGAUGGACUUCUCGAUUAA